CUAAAUGCAUUGAAUUAAUUUUCCUCUUAUUUUUCCUUCUUUUUCAUUUUUUUUAUAUCUUUUGUUUGUCUGUAAUGACGUCUGAUAUUUUUAGUUUAAAGAAACAGCUUGUUGUUUAUGGCUCACAUCACAACAACAAGGUGAAUGUAACUAUUCAUAUGAUAUUUGUACCUACCAUUUUUUGGACCGCACUUGUGUUUGCUGCUAAUACAGGUCCACUUGUAAAUGUCAAAGACACUCCUUUUGAGUUCUUGUUGCCGUUUGGUCCUAAUCUUUCUUUUUUUGGUGCUGUAUUUUAUUUAACUUAUUAUGCUAUUCUCGACCCAAUAGCAGCUUCUUUGGCUGCACCCUUUUUGUUGGGAGCAAGCUAUACAGCAACUGAAUUCCUAGCCACAAACCCCAAUGCCAACAAAAUUGCUCUUGGUAUUCAUAUUGCUUCAUGGAUUUUCCAAUUUUUAGGACAUGGUUUAGCAGAAAAAAGAAGUCCCAAGUUAUUGGACAACCUCGUACAAGCACUUGUGUCAGCACCCUAUUUUGUCUUUUUCGAAGUCUUGUUCUUUUUGGGCUAUCGUCCUCAACUCUACAAAGAGGUCAUGGCUGAAAUCAACAAGGAUAUAACUGAAUUCCGUGCAAAGAAAGCUGCCAGAGAUGGUCCUACUUACCAAUCUAUUCAACAAUAAAUAGUUUUGAACCAACUUUAUACCGAGCUGACUUAAAGUUAUAGUCUCUACAUAAACUUCGAAGAUUGCACUCCUUUAAGAAAGAAUGUGAAACCCAAUUGUAGUUCCUUUUUUUUUUUUUUUUU